AUGACAGCGCGCGGCGUCGGUGUUUUGGCCGCCUGCGCCUCUGGUGUGGCUAUUGGCCUUGGCCUUCGCCGCCUGCUGGGACGCGAGGCCCAAGCUCAGGCAGAAGGCGCAGACAACUCCGACGAAGAGAUCAAGGAUGAGAAGAAGGAAACAAUCGACACGAAAAACAUCGAUGGAAAAGCAAUCGCAGCGGAGGUUCGGGCUGAGAUCAAGGAGUACACGGCCGAGCUGAAAGCGCAACAUGGGGUAACCCCUGGCUUGGCUGUGAUCCUGGUCGGCUCGCGCAAGGACUCGCAGUCCUACGUGCGAAACAAAAAGAAAGCUGCCGACGAGGUUGGUUUCCACACGGUCGAUGUCACUCUUCCGGAGACAGUGACCCAGGAGGAGCUGUUGGGUGAGGUGGAAAAGUUGAACGACGACCCACAG